ACUUUUCAGCCUUGCGUAGCCUUGCAUAAUUUACCACGCUAAAAUCAAGCAUCAUCAUCUUUCAUCCCUAGCACUUACGCUGUAUACCUCAUCGAGGACGACUACAUCUCUUCAACUCUUUAGACAGCCUUUGCGUUCUGCUGUGGUAAGGCCCAUACGUUACAUCAUGUUAUAGCACCAAUUCUCAGCCUCUUCGGACGUCCUCCACUGCAUCAUUCGAUUUUUCUUGGAAAGUGAAAAACAUAGCUCGCAGCCAGCAUGGAUAGAACGCUAUUCAAUAUGUGCUGCAGAAGGACGAUACUUAGGACGGCAAUACAAAAUCAGAGUUGUCUUCCUCUCCUGAGGAAUGGUAGAGCAAUUCAUAUAAGUGCGGUCAGGGCUGCAAAGUCCACCAAGUCUUCGCCCAAGAAGGCCAGGAAACAGCAGCCUCUCGAGUAUAGGCCACCUACCCGAAAAUCCAAUAUCACCUCCCAUUCCCUACCGAAACCCAAAGAAAACCCACUACGAUUUCGAACGAUUCCAAUUGUCGGUGCAAGCGUCUUUCUUUUCACGAUGGCAGGCUAUAUGGGCUAUAUAUACUACCAAUCUAUUAAGCCAGACCCAGAUCCGUCUUCGAUAUCAACGGGAGACUUCGCCGCUCAAGCAGACGUGUCUGCACAAUACGAAAAGAUCGCACAAUCAUUCGAUAGCUCUGUUGAUGCAACGGAAUACACAAUGGGUAUAGCUUCUUUGCGGCGAAAGCUUGUGUCGGAAGCAAAAGGAGAUGUCCUCGAAGUCUCCAUCGGUACGGGACGAAAUAUGGAGUUCUAUGAUUGGAACUUCAAAGGCGAUACAAAGCGAGGCAAGACGAAGGAGGGCAAGGUACGAAGUCUCACAGCUGUUGACAAGAGCGGUGAGAUGCUGGAAAUUGCACAUGAGAAAUUCUGUAAUAUGUUUCCGGGAAUACUGGGAAUAAGAUGGGUUAUUGCGGACGCUUCUGAGCUGGGUAAGAUCCCUGGGCCGCCCAAGAAUGCCAACGAGAGGAGUGGUAGCGUCGAGAGGAAAUACGACACGGUCAUACAAACGUUCGGGCUUUGUUCAGUCAGUGAUCCUGUUGGUUUGCUCCGGGUUCUAGGCGACUGUGUGAAAGAAGACGAGGGAAGGAUAUUACUACUUGAGCAUGGCAGAGGGAGGUGGGGUUGGCUUAAUAGCAUUUUAGACAAAGGAGCAGAAAGACAUGCGAAGGAGUUCGGGUGUUGGUGGAAUAGGGACAUGGAAGACAUUGUAGAAAAGAGUGGACUCGAAGUCGUUAAUAUCUAUUCGAAGUGGUGGCAUGGAGGCACGACGUGGUGGAUCGAGUUGAAGAAGCCAAAAUCCGAAGUGAUCGUGAAGGAGAAGAAGGUGGAACAAGGCACUCAGAAACCACCAGAGCCAUCUUCUGCAGUUGUUUCUAGUCAAAAAGUAGAAGACGACGCUCAGCAAUCGAGUCCUGGACCUGUCAGCGUGAAGAAGGGAUGGUGGUGAUGUUCUAAGAUCAUCGCUGGAAAUUAUGUACACAUAUGUAACUUGAUAAUACCAGUAAUGUAAAAUAAUGACACCUC